CUACAAAAAUACUAUUACUGAUAGUGGCGUUUGUCCUUAUUUGCUUUUCGCGCCUUUUCAUCUUUACAACGCCGUACGGUAUACUUCCUUUUCCGGUCUUUUCACGACGCAUGCAAUUCUAAAUUUUAUGGAUUCUUUGGUUAAAUAGACAAUAUGAAACCUAUUUUACUGCAUGGCCAUGAGAGGGCAAUAACACAGAUAAAGUAUAAUCGAGAAGGUGAUUUGAUAUUCACAGCAGCUAAAGACAACCAGCCUAAUGUAUGGUACUCCCUGAAUGGAGAGAGACUUGGCUCCUUCAAGGGCCAUAAUGGAGCUGUCUGGUGUAUUGAUGUCAACUGGAACACGACCAGGGUUUUAACAGGUAGUGCAGACAACUCGUGUAAAUUGUGGGAUUGUGAAACAGGGAAGAACUUGAAUACUCUGGAUGUAAAGAAUGCAGUGAGAUCAUGUGGUUUCUCCUACAGUGGCAACCUCCUCAUGUACAGCACAGAUAAAACCAUGGGACAUCCAUGUGAAAUACACAUCUUUGAUGUGAGAGAUCAUACACAAAUGAAGAGUGGUGAACCAUUAAAUGUUAUACCAGUAAGUGGUCCCAAGAUCACAUCCGCUGUGUGGGGUCCAUACGAGGAAUAUAUUGUUGCUGGUCAUGAAACAGGAGAAAUUAUUCAGUAUGAUCCAAAGAAUGGAGAGAAGAUCAAUGCGGUGAAGGAACACACCAAACAGAUUAAUGAUCUGCAGUUGUCACUGGACAUGACCAUGCUUAUAUCAGCAUCAAAAGAUACUACAGCUAAGUUAUUCGAUGGAGCUUCUUUAAAGCAUAUGAAAACCUACAAAACAGAACGUCCAGUGAAUUCUGCAGCUCUUUCACCUCUACAAGAACAUGUUGUAUUGGGUGGUGGUCAAGAAGCCAUGGAGGUGACAACAACCUCUACCCGAGUUGGCAAGUUUGAUGCCCGUUUCUAUCAUCUCAUUUUUGAAGAAGAAUUUGGCAGGGUCAAGGGUCAUUUUGGACCAAUCAACAGCCUUGCUUUCCAUCCAGAUGGCAAAAGUUAUAGCAGUGGAGGAGAAGAUGGUUACGUACGAGUUCACUAUUUUGAUCCAGAAUAUUUCGACUUCAGAUUCGAAUUCUGAAAACAGCAGGACUUGCGGAUUUUACAUUAUUUAUUAUUAGAUCUGUGUUUUGAUAAAAAUUUGGGGAAAAAAGUUUUUCCUGCAGACUACUGACAUUAAAUUAAACAGAAAAAAUCAACAAAUUUGUGAAUUGCCGGAACUGAAUUAAAAGUGCUGUAUUAAAUACACUAUGUUUGAAUCCAUCUUCAGUAGUAAUAAAAUGUUAGAUAGACGGA